CUGGUCAUUAGUGUGUAGUUUAUUUAAGUCUAUCGCCAUGGCAAAACGCACCAUUGACUUUUUUUACAAACGAGUCUCUCCUCCCCAGAGCAAGAAGCCGAAAACAGAAGAGACGCUGUCCUUCACCCACCACCCCAGCUAUCCGCAUCCCAUCGCAGCUCUACCCCCGUCCAUCGCCAACCCCCUCGCCAGUAUCAGGGACGUACAGCCCGGGAAAAUAACUAACCAGCCCCAUCUCGACCUCCUCUAUUUCCACCCACUUAUUCCAUCUCCAACUGCCCGCGACCUGUUCCAGUUCCUGCGCCGCGAGCUCCCGUUCUACAGAGUCCAAUACACAAUCCGUCGCGGGGGCCAACCCACCCAGAUCAACACUCCCCGCUUCACCACCGUCUUUGGGAUCGACGCAACAUCGCAGUUCAUUCCCCCAAAUAUAAAUACAAGUACAGAUACAGAUGCAACUGCACCCUCAAUCCCAGUCGACUCAAAAACCCACCACCCCAUCUCCCCUGCAAAAUACCAAUAUACCCCUCGCCCAAUUCCUCAAUGCCUCGACACCCUCCGCCACCAUGUCGAAGCCGCCGUCGGUGACGGUUCAACUUAUAAUUUCUGUCUAGUGAACUAUUACGCCUCAGGCGAUGACAGCAUCGCCUAUCACUCGGACGACGAGCGCUUCCUAGGCGCGAACCCGUCCAUCGCAUCCAUCUCGCUUGGCGCGCAGCGUGACUUUCUCAUGAGACAUAAACCGGCACAAACGGCUGGAGCUGGAGCUGGAGCUGGUAGUCAGCAGCCCGUGAAGUUUGGGCUGGGGUCAGGAGAUAUGGUUGUGAUGCGUGGGGAGACGCAGGCGAAUUGGCUGCAUAGUAUUCCGAAGCGGAAGGGGAGCGAGGCGCGGAUGGGGAGGAUUAAUAUUACAUUCCGCAAGGCGGUUGUAUCUGGGGGGACGGAUAAUUAUUAUACUUAUAAUGUUGGGAGGGGGCCUGUUUAUCGCUGGGAUGAACGGGAGGGGAAGAUGUGUCAAGCUGGUGGUACAUAGUGAUGUAUCACCGAGUACGAACAGCACCAAGCCGAGAUGUUUGAAGAGCAAACAACAACGAACAAUCCAGUCCCAAAUUAAGCCAAGCUGGGCCAAAUUAACCGCCAUAUCCCUCGGCAGAAUACAUUCCCUUGUACUUAUUC